UACGUUUACGCAAUGUCGUGCCAAACAUGAAGGAGGGGGAAAAAAGCAAGCGGCAAAAUGUUGUCAGCGGAAGAAAUACAGAUUCGGAGGUUCGUUUCUGGACAACUCCGUGAUUGUCCUGACCUGAGCACAUUGACUCUUGGCAUCUUAAGAGGGCGGUAUUUGGCAUGUGUUGGCCGGGACUCACUAAGUCAGGAGGACAGACAGUUGAUGAAGAGAGUGGUAGAGGAGGAACUGAUGAGGAUGCAGGUAAAGACGUUUGACAGUGACAGUAGUGAAAAUGAAACCAUUCUCGACGUUACCCCGACACCUCGCCACAACAAGCGGAAGAGGGGUGAGGAGGAGGAGAAAGGAGGCAGGACCAACGCAGAUGGAUCCAAGGCAAAGAGAUCUAGACUUCAGUCGGCCCAAUCAGAUUCCCCAGAUUCUGGAAUAGAGAGAGUGGGAAAUGGAGAAAGGCAGAGAGAGGAAGAAGAUGAGGAGGAGGAGAAGGACAUGGGAAGUGAUGUAGAGGAUGAUCAAGUUUCCCAAAUCGGCACCAAGAAAAAAAAGGGGGGACACAAAGGAGUACACAAUGGUGGGAAGACGGAAAUUAGCUCAGAGAGUGAGGUUGAGAUCAAAAUGGUGAAUCGGAGGAAGAGAGAACAAGACUCUGAAGUUGAGGAGAACAAAAAGAAGAAACAAGGAGAUGAAACCAACAAACAGGAAAAGGACAAUGUCAAUUCAGACAGGGACUCUGAAGAGGACAAAAAACAGAAAAGGAAAAGAAGAACGGGAGGAAAAGAAAAUGUGGAUGUGAAAGUGCAGAGCAAGGGUUUGAAAGGGAACAGAAGGAGGGAGAGUGGAAAUGAGGAAAAGGGAAAACCAUUGCAAGAAAGAGUGCAGGUUGUUGGGAGUGACUCGGAGCGCAUUGGAGAGGCCGAAGUAAUGGAACAGAAAAGGGUAAAAAGACAAAGAAAUGACAACGACUCCAGGUCAGAGAGUGAGGGAGAAAAUAAUGCAUCUUCAGAGGAAGCCAGCGGGGGAGAGGAGGAAACCAAGGAAGUGAUGGCUAAGACAAAGGAUGAGCCAGCCCAGGACUCCGACUCUGGCUCAUCCCUCCCAUCAUUGGAGGACGAAAAGGAAAGUGAGGAGGUCAGGCCAGAACAGGUGAAAAAGAGGAAGCCUGUGGCUAAGCAGCCAAUAAAGGGCGAGGGCAGUGAGAGUGCAUCCAAAGGAGGAAAGGACAACGAGGCGAAGGCGGUGGCCAGGCUGAGGCGUUACAUCGCCCUCUGUGGUGUGAGACGGAACUACAAGAAGCUCCUGGAUGGCUGCCGCUCCAUCAAGUCAAAGGUGGCUGUGCUGAAGAGGGAGCUUGAAGAACUUGGUGUCAAAGGUCAGCCUUCUAUAGAGAAGUGUAAGAAUGCCAGACUUAAGAGAGAGGAGGCUCAGGAGUUGGCAGACCUAGAUGUCAGCAACAUCAUAACCACAACAGGUCGUCCAAAGCGGAGAGGGGUGUCCAUAUGGCAGCAACAGUCCUCCCCUCCAUCCUCUGCUUAUAAGCGUGUAGUCAACUCAAGCUCAGACAGUGAAGAGGACAGUCACGCAGGCAGGGGGCGCAAGAGAGCCACAGACUGGAGUAACCUGCAGGGGAUCAUCAGUGAUGGAGCAGACAGCGACUGACAGGCUGUGCUCUUCUGGCCAGGAGGAUCAAGUUGCCUCCAGACUAGAGGUCUUCACAGGUCCAAAAAGUUGGACCUGUUCCGAAAUGGACCUGGGGCUUUCCCACCCGGACACGAUAUGCAUAAAAUGUGGGUCCGUGAAGACCUCUACUCCUUUUUUUUACAUUUUAGUCAUUUAGCAGACGCUAUUAUCCAGAGCGACUUACAGUUAGUGAGUGCAUACAUUUUCAUACUCCAGACUUUUGCAUUUUCCUCUACACUAUGAAAGUUUAGUUGCUAGUUGUUUACCGCCCAUUUUGGCUUAAUGUUGUCUGUAUGGUUCUCUGAUACACAUAUUAUAUGAUUAAGGCCUAGAUUCAAUCAGAUCAAGCGUUAACCAGCGAUAGCAAACACUUGCAUAGCAGAUGUUUUGGCAGUGUCAGAGGUGGAACUGUGUUAGAGCCGUCAAAUAGGUGAGCAGCUGCUCUUGCGAUUAUUGUCACAAAGCCACACCCGCUCCACUCUUGUUAAAGUUCCGAACGAGGAAGUGUAGGCUAUAUAUAAAUAAUUACGCUCAAAUUGAAAAAUCAUAAACGAAAUCAUAAGGAUUUCUAUCAUCCUAAUCGAGGUGUAGAUUGCAUCUUCUCAUUUCAGUGUUCGAACGUGGCGGCAAGGGAUUUCUGUUAUGCGCGACUCCGUGCAGCCAAUGGCAAUGUCCACAUUAGGUGUAAUGCUUGGAGCCACUUUGUGGAUUUGACAGCUCUAAAGCAGUUUGACCUCUGACACCACAUGUUGGCUAAAGCGGAUCUGAUUGAAUAGAGCCCUAAAUCAGUUUCUUCCCUCAUUAAAACACACUCCUUAGUUGUAGGCUAAACAAACCUUUGCAAUAUAAGCUUUUGCCUUAACCUUAACUACUUGCCAUGUACAAAGAAAAAAAUUCAAAUUCUUGUAUAUAGGUUAAAUAGGUACGCAAAUGACUAUUUUCCUUCUAUUGUCUUACAGUUUGAGACACGUUAGGUUAACUGUUCAAUCUAGUGUGUGAUUUAUAUUACUAUUAGUGCUGUGUUCUGUUCCACUUAAAUCGUGAUUUAAUAAAGGUUUAGAUUUGUAUAAAUA